CUGACCAAUCCCUACAGCGCUUGCUCAGACUAACGCAGCUCCAACAUGGCGGCGUUCUGAGUUUUGGAGGAGGGACCUGGGCGUAAAUAAACACGCUUUAGACUUUUAAAAAAAACUUUCGGUAACAACACUCGCAUUUUUGUGUUUGUGACAUAUUGUACCAGGGAAAGAAAAUGUCAACUGACGGAAACAAGAAACAAUUCUGGAAAAGAAAUACAGCUAAGGUCCCUGGCAGCAUACAACAUGUGUAUGGUGCUCAACAUCCGCCUUUCGACCCUCUUCUCCAUGCUAAUCUAAUCAAAGCGGGCAACAAGCCCCAGACGACACCGGGAGGGAAGCCAAAGAAAGCCACCACCUUCCAGGAGUUUGAGAGCAUCACCAGCGAUGCCUGGGACGUGGGGGACGACGACGACGAGCUGCUCGCCAUGGCCGCACAGAACCUCAACAUCGAGGUCGUCAUGGAAACCGCCAACAAGGUGAUCGAGAACCACAGCAAGCAGCAGGAGAAGCAGAGACAGGAUGAUGCCGACGCGUCAGAGCUGGAGGACCGAGAGGAAGAGGAGCAUGAGGAAGACGUGGAAGAGCAGUGGGAGGAAGGGGAGGAAUCGACUCCUGAGGUGUCGUUUGCUUGUGAGCCCAGCCCGCUCAGUGAUGGCAGACGGGUGAAGUCACUGAGUGAGGCCCCCAUCGGAUCACCUAAGGAUACGUCGCUCCACAGACAGCAGUCCCUGCCCCACCGGCCCACCAUCCCCAUGGUGGCUCGUAUAGCUGACCAGAACACCUCCGGGACCCCAGCCAUGACAGAGAGAGAGGCAUCCCGCCUGGACAAGUUUAAACAGGUCCUGGCUGGACCCAACACUGACCUUGAGGAAUUACGAAAGUUGAGCUGGUCUGGAAUUCCGCGCCAGGUUCGUCCAAUCACGUGGAAGCUCCUUUCGGGUUACCUUCCUGCCAACACAGAGAGGAGAGAGAGCACGCUACAGAGGAAGAGACAGGAAUACUUCGGUUUCAUAGAACAGUACUACGACUCGCGCAACGAGGAGCACCACCAAGACACGUACAGACAGAUUCGUAUAGACAUCCCCCGGAUGAGUCCAGAGUGUCUAAUGCUGCAGCCUAUGGUGACCGAGAUCCACAUUGACAUACCGAGAACUAAUCCCCUUAUUCCUCUCUUUCAACAAGCUUCUGUCCAAGAGAUCUUUGAGCGUAUCCUGUUCAUCUGGGCGAUCCGCCACCCGGCCAGCGGCUACGUGCAGGGCAUCAACGACCUCGUCACGCCUUUCUUCGUUGUCUACGUCUUUGAGUACACCAAGGAGGAGGUGGAGAACUUUGACGUGUCCAGCUUGCAGGAGGCGGCUUUGCGAAACAUCGAGGCUGACAGUUUCUGGUGCAUGAGCAAAUUGUUGGACGGCAUUCAGGACAACUACACAUUUGCCCAGCCGGGGAUCCAAAGGAAAGUCAAGGCUCUGGAGGAGUUGGUCAGCAGGAUUGAUGAAACGGUGCACGUCCACAUGCAGCAGUAUGAAGUGGAGUAUCUCCAGUUUGCCUUUCGUUGGAUGAACAACCUGCUGAUGAGAGAGCUGCCGUUACGCUGCACGAUACGCCUCUGGGACACCUACCAGGCUGAACCUGAGGGAUUCUCUCACUUCCAUCUCUACGUGUGUGCUGCUUUCCUGGUACGAUGGAGGAAAGAGAUUCUGGACCAGAGAGAUUUCCAGGGUCUGAUGAUUCUUCUGCAGAACCUACCCACCAUGCACUGGGGCAACGAGGAGGUCAGCGUGCUCCUGGCUGAGGCCUAUAGGCUGAAGUUUGCCUUCGCUGACGCCCCCAACCACUACAAGAGAUGAGUGUGGGCCCCUGACAGAGGCCCCCUGGCGGACAGAUGGAUGGAUGGAACCCCUCCUUGACUUUCUUGUCCCUCUGCAGUCCACAACCGUUGCUACUCGUAGAUGAAAACAAAAACGUUUGCGUCACAAAUGGCGCCCUAUCCUCUACAAAAUGCAUUAUUUUUGACCAGAGCCCCAAGUAGAGCACUAUUUAGGGAAUAGGGGGCCAUUUGGGAAGCCAUUGCUUCUUGGUAUGUGUGUACCGUUCUAACCGACUGUUCUUCUUGACUCCUCUUCUCUUUGUUCUUAACCAUGAAAUUACAUUUGUGCAACACUCCAACAACAUCAAUGCCUGUCCCAUCGAAGUAGACCCCAACACCAACAGACCUCCAGUCAGUGUGGUAGUGGAGAUCUAGCUGCAGACCCAUGGAUGACUGUUCUAGACUGUCCUGUACUGUUUGUCCGUGACUGGCCACCGUCCCCAAGGAACUCAGACCUUCUCCUAGAGGCCCAGUCACAUUGAGUGGAUCUCCACAGCAGGCGCAACAUGUCCCGAAACCUAAUGAAUGAAUUGUCUGAACGAACCUUGUUUGUGUGUGUGUGUGUGGGGGGGGGGGUGGGGGGCAGAGAGAGGUCUUUUGUACUUGGUUGAUAUGUCACUUUUAAUUCCUAAGGAAACUGAGGACACAUGUCAUCAUUCUAGUCAUUCCUAGCUGGCAUCGAGCUCUUCUUUCAUGUCCGUGCUUUCAGUUCAAAACAAGCGGUCAAUCCCCCAGAGACAUGUAGGUUUUAGUUCAAAACAAGCAGUCAAUCCCCCAGAGCCAAGUAGGUUUCAGUUCAAAACAAGCAGUCAAUCCCCCAGAGACAAGUAGGUUUUAGUUCAAAACAAGCAGUCAAUCCCCCAGAGACAAGUAGAUUUUAGGUCAAAACAAGCAGUCAAUCCCCCAGAGACAAGUAGGUUUCAGUUCAAAACAAGCAGUCAAUCCCCCAGAGACAAGUAGGUUUUAGUUCAAAACAAGCAGUCAAUCCCCCAGAGACAAGUAGGUUUUAGUUCAAAACAAGCAGUCAAUCCCCCAGAGACAAGUAGGUUUUAGUUCAAAACAAGCAGUCAAUCCCCCAGAGACAAGUAGGUUUUAGUUCAAAACAAGCAGUCAAUCCCCCAGAGACAUGUAGGUUUUAGUUCAAAACAAGCAGUCAAUCCCCCAGAGACAUGUAGGUUUCAGUUCAAAACAAGCAGUCAAUCCCCCAGAGACAAGUAGGUUUCAGUUCAAAACAGAAACACAUUGAAUAAUUAGAUCAGGAAGUAUCUUAUUGUUAUGAAUGAUUUCGUUCUGACUCUGACAUGGUCCGCAGGGCUGGAUCUAAUGAUGUGUCUAACAACACUCGCUGAACUAUAUUAUGUAAGAUAUGGAAUAUUUGUCGGUUGGCUGAGGGAGGGACGAGUGUCGCGUGACUCUGCCUGACGUACGAUCAUCUCUGAACCUAGGACUCACUACCUAAUUGAUACUGCACCGUGCAGUGGUGAGCAGUCACCUUUUAGGCCAGGAGAUUUUCUAGUGUGGUCACAUGGCCAGAAAACUCGUACCUGUAUGUAUACGGGUUGGUAAUGGCAGAUUUGGGCACUAAUAAACAACUCAAUUGUAAUGCAGUGGCUGUACAGUAACAUGUCAGCACUGUAUGGGUUUUGACUGACGGACAUUCUGAACUUGAGCACCUUGCGCGACCUUGUUGCAAAUGUGAAUGUGUUUUCAGUCAAUUUACCUGGUAAAAUAAACACCAAAAAAAAAUACUUUUUUUUUUUGUCUUGAGUGAGGGAAUUGCUGUACAUUUUGAAAGAUGAGAAAUACCGCUUUGAUGUCAUAAUCGUGCCAAACACCCGUGAGUCCAAAUGUGCACUUCACACUUCCAUAUCAUAAAACUAAUGUCAUACACAGUGUCAACAUUUCUGAUCACUAUGUUUGAUGUACAGUUACAAGAUGAUGUGGCGUCAUACACUGGGUUGUUCUGAACCGAAUGAGCCUAAUAUGUCUGUUUUGAAGAAAAUUUGCCGCGGCACACGCACCUGAAUGCACUCAAGACUCCGUUCUAUGUGCACCAGGAUUAUACAUUGCAUUCUGAAAGCAAGUAACAUCGUAUUUUAUAACUUAGCUAGUCAUUUUGGCAAUAGAACAAGCUUUCAAAUGACGCCCACCUGACCCAGAUUGCAAUUUAUGAAUGGAGCGUUUUUGGAUUGCGUUAACAACAAUAGUAAUUGUGUGAUGAUGGGGAUGCAGGGUUGUGUUCCAAACACAAGUGUUUAUUUAGUUCCUCGACGGCACAGCUAGGAGAGCUCAUGAAAGGCACCUUAUCGUUGAAGACUCUUCUUUGAGUCAUUAAAGUGCUUUGAAAUAACCUAGGAACUAUGCACACUUUGGAGAGGUACAUGGCCACAAGGAGACACCAGUUAGUCCUCUCACUCAAACCCUUGUCAUUUUUUUUGUCUUGUGUUGCACCUACCACACAUUUUCCAGGAAUGUACUUAUGUUACUGAAUAUAUCCAGAGUAUUUUCGGAUUUUAUCAACAAAUGCAGUGAAAGUACAGUAAAUGUAGAAUGCACAUCAAAUCAAGUGUACUCAUUUUCCCAUAAUCUCCUGUUCCCUUUCAACUGCUACCAUGGUUAUGCAUAUGCUUUUCAUAUUUCUUCUCUAAGAAACAUUUCACGUUGGCCGUAUCCAUAUAGUCAAAUUUCCAUGCGUGUACAAAUGGUUAAAAAAAUACUCCUCAAAACCCAGAAGUAGGACCAUGAGUUUUGUGGUCAGAAAAAACUUCUGGACUACGACAAUUUGUAACUGACCAUAGCCCAGAACUAGGGCCCAUUCAGUUAUUCAGUCUAUUCAGGAACACUGACUGGGGAUGUUAGGGUGGAAUACGUUAACGCUCUCCAUUUGCCUUCAUUUGACUGCUUAGGGUUUUUAUUUGAUGUACCAAAUUGUGAUUAGUUUGUUUUUUCCUGGUGUAGAGCUCUCAAACACAACUCUGGAAUCAACCCAGUUUCACUCCUAUUUUUCAUUGUUCCCCUCUAAUCAGGGACUGAUUUAAUCCUGGGACAACAGGUGGGUGCAAUUAAUUAUCAGGUAGAACAGAAAACCAACAGGCUCCGGCCCACGUGGGUUAAGAGUUGUUAUACCCCUUGUGUAGAGGGUGGAUAUACAAUGUAAAUUAGACGUUGAAAUAAUAUGUAGAACUUUUAUCGUCAAAAACAUCCUGCCAAGUAACGAUGAAGACCAAUAAUUGUUGCAUGAUGUGUGUGUUUAUGUGGGUUGGGAGUGUGUGUAUAGAUGGGGCAGCUUAAUACUCUGUAUUUGAACCUCCUCAACUUCUUUUGAUCUUGUCGGUAAUGUUUUUGCGCUCCAUGUCAGCUCCAGGUCCAAUUUCCUAUUCUCACGUUGAUUAGAAACUUUUUAAAAACUGCACUUGAUAAAAGUCCAUUUUCUUCCCUUUUUUUGUACGAAAUAUAUUAUUUGGAAUCAGCUUUAAAAGAAACAAAUGUCUCUCUCUCCCUUUUUAUAUAUACUGUUUACAUGAGCCUAUUAAGUUGUGCCUAAUGUAGAGAUAGCAGAUGAUCAUCAUAGAUAUUUAUUUUACCUUAAUUUAAGCUCUGCAAAUGAAACGAGAACGUUUAUUCAGUUGAUGCUCUCACACUCUGUGCUAAGCCAUGACAGUAUCUGCAUCCAAAAUGGCACCCUAUUCCAUAUAUAGUGCACUACUUUCGGCCAGAUCCCUAUGGGCCCUGGUCAAAGUAGUGCCCGAUAUAGGGAAUAGGGUGCCAUUUGGGACGCACUCGAUGAGUCCACAGAAUCACAUCAGUAAGUCUAGCAGCUGCCUUCUCUGGUGUCCUUAUGUGUUUCAACUUGGUUUGAUGUACCGAACAACCCUUACACACACCUUCGGUAAAAGUCAAAGGCCCUGGGUUGCCAUGGUUACGGUGGUGACCAGGUGUCCGUCUGCUGGCUGGAGGCCUCGGACACACACACACACACUGGACGUUGCAGUCAGCAUCUCAUGGGGCAUGACCUAACAUGUUUGGUCUGCCUCCUAAAGCCUUUUUUUGGGGGUUGUAUUUUACUGUUGCUCGGUUUCUUUUCAGAGAUGUUCAAAUGUUUCUGACCAAACUACGACUGGUCCUCUUUCCCUUCUGACUUCUGACUAAGACAUGUGAAAGUGUGAAUCUCAUACAGUGGAGAGUGAUCGUGAUUUUCUUUUCUUUUUUUAAAAAUACGUGUACAGAGAAUGAAUUUUGAAACAAAGAUCUGUAAAUAGAAAAGUGUAAAUAAAUGCUAUAUAUGA